AUCAUCAUCAUCAUCAUCAUCAUCAUCAUCAUCACUGUAGCAUUGGGGCAGAGGAACGAACGCACGCAUCGACGUUGAAAAUCGAAGAGGGGGACUUGAUGCAUCCUCAGCUUCCAGACCCCGGGGCAGGCAGGAAGCCGCUCCCAACCCUCCGCCGACCAUCCUCUCUCUCUAAAUCCGCAACUCCCGCCACUCCCGCCACUCCACACGAGCGACCUACCCCGCAACGUAUCGUCCACGAGAAGUUCUUCAUAUCGACCACCUACUCCACCAUCGCUGCCAGAGCUUUGUCGUUCCAAGGACAAGUGCUAAAUGGCGUCACUCCACUUCAACUGGCCCAGAACGGCUUUCACUACCAACCAUACCCAAGUGGCGUCGGCGGCCUGGCUUGCUGUUUUGCCUGCCAGUCAGCUAAACGCCUCGAGAACUUCCGGCGCGUACCUCUUCAGGAGACGCAGCAACUACACAUAGCAGACUGUAUAUGGCAGGUCAUCUACAAUGACUUGAAACCACACCUCGAAUCCGCGGACGCGCUCCCCCCUUCAGCCGACGCAUCCCCUCCGCCUAGACAGUCGGCUCCCAGCCCUUAUCUUCCUUCGAAUAGCGAACAACUCGAGAAGACAACUACCGACGCUAGCACCCAGACACAAACCGAAUUGACACCAACGGUAUCUACGACAGCAGAGAAUCGUUCAAAUGCUAACCUGGACUCCCGCGCUCAACCGCUAUCCACUACAACCGACCCGGAAUCGCAUUUACCUCCACCAACCUACUCUCCUCAGCCUCCUUAUCCGACUUCAACUAGAACUUUCCCGCCAAAUAGCCACCAACCAACCUAUGCAUCGGUCCUUCGGCAUCCUCCUAAAACCUCACCUCGAUUGAUUUCUAAACCCCGAAAAUCUAUCAUUCCUACCAGACCUAUACUAACAAUGGAAGAUCUUCACCGCCGAUUUCACAAUAAACCGUCACCGUUCCAGCUCGAGACAAAGGCAAGGAAACGCUCAGCUCGAACUCGUAACAAAGCUGUAUCAACAACAAAGUCAUUGUCCAGAUUCUUGACUUCAGCAUUACCCGCAUUAUCCCGGUUCCUAGCUGGGAUGCAGCCAAAACCGGACACUUGUUGUCUGUCUCAUUCGCAAAUCCAUUACAGCCGCGCCAUGAGGGCAGCCUAAUGCUACAAACGGCAACAAGGCCACGACAGGCUUUACCAGGUGAGGCUCAAAGUUCACUGUUCAGGAAGUUUGGAACAAUCUCAGGGAUCAAUCAGCAUGUAUUUAGAAAGUAGUUGUAGCCUGCAUAUCGCUUUUUGCGAGGGGUCAGGGUAAAUGAAAUCAACCAACCAACCAACCAACCA